CGUGUCUGUCUGUAUUAAAAGCGUGGACCGUUUACAACGCUCAUAUCAAUCUUAUAGCAUAUCUUAUUUUUUAUAAUCCAAAAUUCUAAUUCCUUAAUGACAAAGUUAACUCAGUUAAACCCACAUAUAUAAUAAAUAAUACACCGUUCUCCAUAAUUUGGUCUCUGCCUAAACCAUCAUGGAACAACCUCUUCUAUCAGAACAAAGAAGUGAUUUGGUUGGGAAUCAGAGUGGAAAAUGGAGCUCAUAUGAGCAUGUGGGUCGAACAGGUUCUGCAUAUCCUGGAACUUGUGUAAGUGUUGAUGAAAUUCGAUCUGCUGCUGCUGUUCCUUCUUCUGCAGGUUACUAUCCUCCUGUUCAUGGUGCUUUGGUUGGAUCAUCUGAGCCUGAUCCUGCUGUACAAGCUGUUGCUUAUCAAGGUGGAUAUGGAGGAGAUUAUGGUGGAACCAGACCUGAAUUCCGAAGGGAAACCUUGGAUGAAGUAGAGAUACGAGAGCUUCUCAUUGAUCAUGUUGGUCAUCGUUGUUGUUGGGGUAGCCGUCCUGCUCGAACAUGGAAGAUUCAGGCAGUAGAAGACUGUAAUGUUUAUGUUGGAACUCUGGAUACGUUUAUAGAAGAAAGGGAGAUCAUAAAAGAGACAGAGCCAUACCCUGGGGGAAGUAUUGAUGGAAAGGAUAAAGGACCUGAACUUGGUAUUUGGGAAUUGGAUCUAAGGUCUCAGUUCCCUUUUCUAUUUGUACCCUUCAGGGAAGUGCGUGAAAAGAUUCCUCAUUCUGAAGUUAUUGAGAAAUGCUCAGGUUGUGCUGGGCGAGGAGGAAUAGUCUGUGCUACAUGCAAUGCUGACGAAGAACCUGGACAUUAUAAAGAAAAUCAGGUGACUCAGUGUCCUAGUUGUUAUGGAAGGGGUUUGAUUGCUCAUAAAGAUGGGUCUGACACACUAUGUGUGAAAUGUAGUGGUAAAGGGAAGCUUCCUUGUGCGACUUGUGGAUCUCGUGGAUUACUUAACUGUGAAACGUGUAAUGGAAGUGGUUCUCUUUUAGCACGCAAUGUAGCCAUUAUAAAAUGGAAGACACUUUCAACUCGGAAAGUAAGUGCAACUAAAGGAGCGGCGUCAGUACCAGAUGAAGUUUUCCACAGAUCCAAAGGAGUUCAAUUAUGCAAUACCCAGGCUCACCAAUGCACUCCUGCCUUUUUUGCUGAUUCUUUUUUUCUCAACAUGUUCUCGUCUGAAGUCAUUGCUGAUAGAGCUCAAGUACCUGCCACUGCAAGAGUCAUUUGUGAGAGACAUACAAUCUCGGUUGUUCCGGUAACUCGCGUCACCAUGUCUCAUCGUCGGCAAUCCUUCAGUUUCUAUAUUGUAGGAAAUGGCAGGGAGGUUUACUUAAAGGAUUAUUACCCCUCUAGAUUUUGUUGGGGCUUGUGUCCUUGUUUGGAGUGGUUGAAGUUGUAAUGUGUAAGGUUGUACAUGUUUUUAUCUAUCUAUGUAUGUUUGCAUGUUCUCUUUUGUUCGUUCUGAAUAAUAACAGAAGCAUGUUUUUUGGUUUGAGGGGUUUGUAGAUUACCUUUGUUGUAUUAUCUAUUGGUUUGUACGAAUCACAGCUAUGGAUUAUAUUUAUUUAUGAAAUAAAGCCAAAUUCAAGUGGGUCCAGUGCAACUGGUGAAACUUUGGAUUUUGUUCUUA